AUGACAGAUCUUCUUGUGGACCACAGCCGCUUCACCAACGGAAAAUUCGAUGGUGGAUUUGAUCAGCAUGGUUUUUUAGCAAAGUGUUCUGAACCGGAGCGUCCAUUUCUAAAAGAGCUCACCUCAACGCAGAUGUGGGCCGGUUGGAUAAGCCGUCGGUUGGCAUCGGGCGAAGACUCAAAAGACAUCGUUUUGUUCGAUGAGGUCAUUGCGCAGAAGUUAAACAGGAAGACGUUCACGCUGAGCAAAACAGCAACGCCUUUCCUAAGCUUGGACUUCUCCGAAAAAGGCCACUACCGUGAAGUCCGGGUCCAGGACCCUCCAAGAGGGAGCGUGCAAGCCUGA